AGUAUUUAGUAGUGCAUUGACUUCUGCAGCGAGUUUGCCUUGGUGUUUUAUCUAUCCAAUUAAAGUAGAUUUCACAAAAAUGUCUAAGAUUGAAACCGAAAUACGAAAUCAAAAUAAUUAUCGGUGUGCCGUUUGCGGUGUGGCGGCCAACAAUAAGUGUGCGGCUUGUUCGUCGGUAUCUUAUUGUUCCAAACAACAUCAGAAGUCCCAUUGGAAAGUACACAAAAACGAGUGCAUAUGUUAUGAAGUCCUGGACGACCCGCGACUAGGCCGCCAUUUGGCCAGCAAACGCACUAUUAACGCUGAGGAUAUAAUUAUACGAGACGACCCUUUGAUCGUGGGACCCGCGUUUCCGACAACGGAACCCGUGUGUAUUAAAUGCUUGAGAGAUUUAAAAAAAACGCCGGUGGUAUCGCUGUGCGAGCAAUGCCUUUGGCCGGUGUGCCCUGCCGAAUGCCAGCCGUUAAAAUGUUUGUUUUCUCACCGGGGAACCGAAUGCAACGUCUUGGCCAGAGCGGCCGAGACGGUGGCCAAGUCAAACGAGUACAAAUACGAAAUAAUAACCCCAUUGCGGUGUAUCUUAUUGCAAAUAACCGACAAAAACGAUUGGCGACGUUUCCUCCAGUUACAAUCGCAUCUUUCACACAGAGGUCCCGAGUCCGAAGUAUACGAAGAAAUCAACGCUAUUUGUAAUCAUUUGAAACAUACUUAUUUGACCACUUCCGAGUUAGACUCGUCCGCAGAAACCAUACACAAGGUCUGUGGAAUAUUGGACGUGAACUCUGUUGACGUUCAACUGUCCGGAAUCAACUUGACCGCUGUAUAUCCGGUGGUCAGUUUAUUGGAACACAGUUGUUUGCCGAACAUCAGAUUGUCUUUCGACGAAGCUGGUCGAGCCUGUGUGUACGCCACUAGAAAAAUAAACAAGGGUGAACAUUUAAGUACCAUGUACACAAAUGCUUUAUGGGGCACGCGAGGGAGACGAGCUCAUCUCAUGGCGACAAAGUAUUUCAGUUGUAACUGUACAAGAUGUUCUAGUAACACGGAGCUGGGUACUCACUUUAGUACAGUUAUAUGUAACGCAAAGGACUUCUGUAAGGGAAAUCUUACACCGACCGAUCCUUUGAACGACUCUAGCUCGUGGGAAUGUGAUCGAUGCCCAACGACUGUGUCGUCUGAUAGAAUAGACACUAUUAUUGCAGAUUUAAGUCUAGUUGUCGACGAAGCUCUUCAAAAUCCAAGUAUUACCUUGUUGGAAAAGACUCUCGAGAAAUUGACUAAUUUUGUGCACUCCAAUCAUUAUUUGUGUUUUAACAUAAAGCACACGUUAGUACAAAUGUAUGGUCAUUUGCCGGGUUACAAACAUUCGAAACUUAGUGCAGAACUAUUGGAAAGAAAAUCAAAACUGUGCCGGGAAAUGUUUUUCGUGUUGAACGUCAUCGACCCUUUGUACGUACGACUUAACUUGUAUACUUCGGUGGUGCUUCACGAACUUCACCAGGUCCUGUUGGAAACGGCAAAUCGCAUGUCGAAAUCGCAGUUUGAAAGUAAAGGAAUGAUCGACGAAGCCAAAGUGCUGCUGCUCAAAGCUUUGGAAAUGCUCGAAAACGAACCGGAUGGGUCGCCCGGCAAUAAACUGUUGCAAGCUUAUAAAUCCAGCAUGGACAAUAGUGUAUUUGCUUAGAAUGUGACCACUUCCAUUGUUGUAAUUUGUUUGCAAAAAAAAAAAAUUCGAAAUUAUUUAAACGUUUUUAUUUUUGCCAUCAUCGCCCCUUCCUUAUCACUUGAAUAGGUCAAAAUCCAAAAAAAAAUCGUCAUCGAAACGUUUUGUUUUUCAUUAAAAAAAAAACUGAAAACUGCAUCCACAAUUGCAUAUUAGGUAAUAAUUUUGAUUUUAGACAUUUAG